AGGCGGAGUUAAUAUAAAGUACAACACAUGUUCAUGUGAUAUUAUUUAUCAAACGUGUCCGUUUUUGUCUUGCAAUACUUCAAUUAUAUAAGCAGUCAGUGUAAGUUUACAGGUUUAUCAAGACGUGUGUUUUUCCGGAGGAACAAAUAAGAUAUCCACCUGAUGAUGCAGACAAUGUCCCUACUUAUCAAUAUUGUUUUGGCGAUAACGAUUAUUCAGAAUGCUGAUUGUAGUGGUCCAUACCUACAAAAUUGUGAAACUGAUUUACAGUGUCCAGACGGCUACGCAUGUCUUCGGCCAGGCUAUGGUAAAGGGAGUGCAAAAGCACAGAUGAAAUGUUACCCAUGUUGCUGUCGGGAAAACACACAGUGUUAUAUAAAAAGCAAAUUAAGUGGCAUAAACUGCGACUGUGGAGACUCUGGGUAUACAGGUGCUUGUUGCAAAACAGAUAUAAAUGACUGUUACAACAAUUCCUGUCUAAAUGACGGUACAUGUAUUGACGGAGUCAACAAUUAUACCUGUAUAUGCCCAGAAGGAUUCUCUGGAAGGAAUUGUGAAACAGAUAUAAAUGACUGUUACAACAAUUCCUGUCUUAAUGACGGUACAUGUAUUGACGGAGUCAACAAUUAUACCUGUAUAUGCCCAGAAGGAUUCUCUGGAAGGAAUUGUGAAACAGAUAUAAAUGACUGUUACAACAAUUCCUGUCUUAAUGACGGUACAUGCAUUGACGGAGUCAACAAUUAUACCUGUAUAUGUCCAGAAGGAUUCUCUGGAAGGAAUUGUGAAACAGCCUUAAUACCACCAUUAUGCAUGGCAAACAAUAACUGUUUUCAGACAGCUUCAGAGUGUGAACAAUCUGGAACUGGCUGUUACGUAGCGGUACAAGCUCAAGCUGAACUUAUCUCGAAUACAUGGUCAAGUGAGUUUAGGGACUCGUACUUUUCUACUACCACAGUCGCCGAUUGUCGAUUUCUUUGCCUAAGAAAUACAGGCUAUCGUUGUGUUGCAUUUUCUAUUGACCCAACAACAACACUUUGCUACUCAUAUAGCACUACACCUGCAGAGGGGUUGGUUACACAAUAUUCAAAUACUGAUGACCUCUACGUACUGAGAUGCUCAAGCUGUUAGAAUGCGGAAGAUUAUUGACUCUGAAAAUGGACUUUGUAUUGCUAUUACUUUUAUCUAAUGAAACAUGCUUGAAGCCAACGUUUAAAAAUAAAUAUAUGAACAGUAUGUACAUGAAUUAAAAGAAUUGCAAAACAAAACUGAAAUAACUUAUCCAAUAGCAUUCAGAAAAGU